AGGUUUUUCAAGACAAGGGAUUGCGGGGAUGUCAAACCUCGACAUCAGUGACCUCUGAAAGACAACCCAAAACAGAGCACAGAUUCAUCUUCAGAAUACAAGUAGUGCUGGCUGAUGUGUGAGGUUUUUCAAGACAAGGGAUCAGUGGGAUGUCAAAUGAUGGCUACAGUGAGGUCUGAAAGACAAAACCAAACAGUCCUGUUGAAUGUCCUCUCCAACCUUGGGCUCCAGAAAUAUUACCCAAACAAACUCACUCUUCAGUCUCUACUGGAAGUCAACAGAAGCAGCAUCUAUGAAAAUGACAUUUUAUCAGUGGAACAAAUUCCAUUUUAUUUUCUAAGAAAACUGUUCAAAAUCAAUGCAGGGUGCAGGAACUACACACGGCUAUCGAGCAAUCAUGAGGAAAUCGAAGACAACUUUGACCUACUGGACAUUUACACAGAAUGGGAUUUGGAAAACACGGUUCAUCCUCUUGACCUGAUAGUAGGUCUAUUUCUUUGUGCUGACAGCUUCUUGCAGCAGGAAAUGGCCCUGAAGAUGUCAUUAUGCCAGUUUUCUGUCCCACUGCUGUUACCCCACUGCAACAACAACUGUACUCUGAUGGUUUGGGCUCUGAGAGAAAUUGUAAAGGAGUGGUGUCCGCAUAAUUUGUGUCAGGACAGAGGAUUUGUUGAGAGCAACAUUGUGCAAGCAAAGAUACCAUUCUUUUCCUUUGUGAGGCUAAAGAACUGCAGUUUAUCCAAAUCUCAGUUGCUAAAUUGCAUCCUGAGCUGUGGCCAGCAGAAUCACAAUAUAUUCAUACACAGAGACAUGGAAGGAGGGGCACUGACCAGAAAAAUUUCAAAUACUUUGGUAGAGGUUUGCUGGUUCCUUCCUUGUGGAAGAGCAAAUCUUGACAGAUUCCCAGAGCCAAUUACAUUUGCUAAUUUGCGAGGAGAUAUUUUUGAGUCAUUCACACAAUUUCAUUUUCUUUAUGAAGUGUCCAAUGCAAUGUUUGUAUUCCUGGACAAAGUUGAAGACAAGGAGCAUAAUAUUCUGACAGCUCUUCAAGAUGCACAUUCCAAACUCCAUUUUGUCAUUAAUCGCAAAGAGGGUGCCUUGGAGGAUAUGAAGUCUGUCAAGAAAACACUGCAAAAGCUGAAUUUACCAAAUAGCAGUGUUAAAAUCAAAGACUCGAGAGUGAACAUGGCAGAGUUUUCUCUGAGACUUUGUGAAGCAAUCAGGAACUCAUUGAGUUACAUAAAACAGACAAUGAGUAUGGAAAAUAUGCUUGACAAAGCAAUUGAAUUGGGGCUAUCUGUGGAUGAAAACAAAACUCUUGAUCAGAAAAAAACUGCUAAAGAUAUCAUGACCGGUGUUAAUGAAGGAAGUAUAGCACACUAUAAAAAACAACAACUUCCUUUGCAAGGAGAAAACUGGAAGAAGUUAUCACAAUUGGAGAUGAAAGAAUGUAGAAUGUAUGAUGUCAGCUCUAAUGGUGCUGAGCAUUGUAAAGCUAAGCUACAGGCAGACAAAAGUCUAAUUUGGGAAAAGCAAAACAAGCAAAAACUGUCAAAAGGAAUGCAAGACUUUAUUGUCACCUUGUCAACAAGUGACAAAGAGCAAAGAAACGUCUUCUUAAAGUGGAUGAAACUAAUAUUGAAUAGCCAUUCUCGUGAGAAAUUGACUGCCCUGCGUAAAAAGUUCAAAGAACAUUCCAAAACUAAGGAUGCCAAACUCAUUGCAAAAAUUGAUCAAGAAUUGUUGGAUAGCUCUUUAGGAGUCGAGCAUUACAUGAGAGAAAUGGGACUAAACUAUGAGGUUUCCAUGCAAUCAGGAGACCCCACAGGUAAAUUCUCCCAUUUGCCUGGCAUAGCUGCUGAAAUGCUGUUGGAUGGUUAUCCAUUGGAGCUUUUGGAUGGAGAUGCUUCGAACAUCCCGGAGAAGUGGGUGACAGCCGUGCUAAUGGAGCUUCACAAGAAGGUUGGUGGGAAGAGCAACCUAGUAGUAUUAACUGUAUUGGGUGUCCAAAGUACUGGAAAAUCAACUCUUCUCAACACCAUGUUUGGCGUUCAUUUUCCAGUCAGCAGCGGCAGGUGUACAAGAGGGGCCUAUAUGCUUUUCCUCAAAGUUGGAGAUGAUACACAAGCUGAGUUGGGUUGUGACUUUAUCCUCCUCAUUGAUACUGAAGGUUUAAAAUCUCCUGACCUUGCACAACUAGAAGAUAGUUAUGAGCAUGACAACCAACUGGCCACCUUUGUCAUUUGCUUAAGUGAUGUGACCAUUAUAAACAUUGCCAUGGAGAAUGCAACUGAAAUGAAAGAUGUCCUGCAAAUUGCUGUCCAUGCCUUCAUUAGAAUGAAACGAAUUGGAAAGGAUACAGUUUGUCAUUUUGUCCAUCAAAAUGUUGCUGGAGUCUCAGCUCAUGCUAAAAACUCAACAGAGAGACAACAUUUGUUGGUCCAACUAAAUGAAAUGACCCAAAUUGCAGCUGAAAUGGAGAGACAACCUUCAAUUCAAGCAUUCACAGAUGUACUCAGCUAUAACCUGGAAAAAAACAACUGGAACAUCCCAGGACUUUGGCAUGGAACUCCUCCAAUGGCACCAGUAAACACUGGCUACAGUGAGGCUGUAGCGGAUUUCAAGAAAAAUCUUCUGGAGACAGUGGGAAAGGAAAGGAGUCAUGAUGUCUCAAAGAUCCCACACUUUCUGGAAUGGAUGAGUAGUCUGUGGAAAGCAGUUAAAUAUGAGAACUUCAUCUUUAGUUUUAGAAACACACUUGUGGCCCAUGCUUAUGACAACCUGUGCAAAGAGUUUGCCCAGUGGGAAUGGGAGAUGCGAAAAACAAUCCUCUCCUGGCAGACAGUAGCUGAAUCCGAAAUCUUAAAUGCGAACAAUGAGGAUGAAUUGGAACCAUUGCUCACAUCCAAGAAAUCAAAACUAUCUGAGGAAAUUCAAUUACAAAAAAGCAUAUUCAAUGGGAAGCUCUCAGACUAUUACAGAGAGAAAGACAGAUGUGUAAAAUUAGUCGAGAAAUACAAAAGUGACUUUUUCAAAAGUAUCGUAAGUCUGUCAAACGAGAUUGAACAUUCAGUGAGGACCAAAUUGGACCGAGUCCAUGAGGUAAAAAUUGGUUUGAAAAAGGCACAGGAUAUACAACAGGAGUACUAUGGUUCUAUUGAAAACAGAGUCCUGAAACUUCUGUCUGACUUCAAAAAUGUUACACUCUCUGAUAGCCAACUAAAAAAAGAGUUUGACAAAAUGUGGACUGCCGCUACUGCCAAUGUACCGACAUUAAAAGAGCAAGAUAUACCUGCAUAUAUUCUUGCCUUCCUGAAGAAACAUUUCUCAAAUCGAAAUGUGAAUGAGAACUUCAGACAAAUCAAUAACUUAAAGGGUUUUGGAAUGAACCCAUUUAAGGCCAGAAUUGACCAUGUUGACUCCGUUGGUAAGAAAUUGAAACAUCUGUGGAAAGGAGAUUUGCAGAUAUUUGCAGACAAUGUUAUUGAGACAGCCACCAUGUUUGUUCUUGGUAUAACCAAGUCAAAUCACGAUUACCAUGAUUCUUUGUCAAGGGAUCUUCUGCUGACGGUUGAUGAUUUGCUUGUAAAAGGUCAUAAUCAUCACCAAACCAACGCUCAGUUUGAAAUUGACAUCAAACUUCACAUUUGUGGCAUUGCUGCAAGAGAAUUUCUCAAGCUCCACCAAAGAUUCUUGUUGAAAAAUGAUCCCCGAGCACAGUUGGAAAAGUACAAGGAUCAAUACUUGUUGGACUUUUUGGAUUUAUACAAAAAGACAGAUCAUUCCCAACGCAAAGCAAAUGAUUUUGUCCAGCUUUGUAUCAAGCCAGCCAUUGAGGAUUGCAUCAACAGUUGUUUGGGAACUAAAAUUGUCGAUACAAUUUUGAGAAGCAGUCUUUCCAUGAUGUACAGUACACCUUCUUGUUUCCAAUACAGCAUUCAGGAAGAGUUACUGCACAAAGACGAUUUCAAGAGUUUUCUCAAGUACAUUUGUCACUAUGAAACAUACGUUAGGGAAAAGAUACUUUUUCAUAUCUGCCAAGAAAUGGACAAGGACAACGCGUUGUACAAAUUAAAGAAGGACAACACGGAAAUUGUAGUUGACAAAAUAUUAAAUGCAAUGAAGGAGGCCUCAACUAUGCAAUCAGAUGACGAUCCAAACAUUUUAAAGCUUGUCAAAAAGAUGCGCAACAUUCUGAUUGAAGAUAUUGUAAUACCAGAGGAGGUACAACAGCGCACACUGUUUCAGAUCCAAAGCACAUGCAAGUCUUUUACAAAAAGCUUCAUCACAUCCAUGAACACAUUGAAGGAAACCCUCUUUGUUGAACUCACCAAUGAAAACACAACUGAAACUCUGAAUAAACUUAAAAUCAACCCGCAAAAUGAGUUAUUUAGAAGAGUAGUUGUAUGCGGACAACAGUGUCCAUUUUGUAAAACUCCUUGUGAAGCAGGCGGCAAAGAGCACAAAAAACAUCAUGCAGCUGUGCAUCGACCACAGGGCCUUGGAGGAUACAGCAAUGUCUCAACUGAUGUCCUCGUUGAUUCUUUGUGUACGACUGAUGUGCAGAGUAACUCUAGUUUUCAAAAUAGAUCGACACAUGAGAAGUGGGUCAAAUAUAAAGAUUACAGUACCAUCUAUCCUGACUGGCACAUUCCUCCAGAUGCCACAAGGGAAGCAUCUAACUACUGGAAAUAUGUACUAGUGCGAUACAAUGAGGAAUUUGCUAGCAAGUAUCUGGCUAAGCCAGCAAAUGUUCCAAACAAUUGGAAAACAAUCACAAAGGAACAAGCACUGCAGGGUUCCAAAGAUGCUUUCUCCAUUAAAUAAUGUAAUAUGGAGUCUUUCGUAGACUGAGGUAAAAAUUAUGGGCAGUGUACCUGUGUGAGGAUUACAAAAAAAACAGAGAAAAAAGAAGAUAUGUUAGAAUUUGACUCUUGAAAAGAAACACACUGUCAAGGAUGGACUUUCAAUCAAUUGAACAAUUUUAGAAGUGGUCUACAUAAAGUAUCACAAUCACAGGGCAACAAACUAAAGAGGAUGUGGAUUUGUCUGAAUUAUUUUUCUUCCUUUCUUGUUUAUACUUUGAAGACACCUGAUAUCACUAUGAAUAGAUCAAAUGAAAAAUGUCAAUGAAAUCAAAUGCAUUGCAAAAAUACAACUUGACAGUUCAUAGAAACCUUAUCCCUCACCCCACUCACUACUUUUGCAGAUCAUCAUGACAUGUCUCAGUCCAUUUCACAGAUCAAAGCUGAAAUUCUCAAUAAUGUCACAGUUGCAUGUAUUAAAACCUAUAUAAUUUUAAAACAUGUUGGUUGUUUCCAGUGUUUGUCAUUUUGCUGAA